AUUUGUACUCACGCGCUCUCAAACCUGUCUCAUCCUUUCCUCUCCUCACUCCGCUUGCCUUUUCCUCUUCACUUCAUCUCUCCACCUCUGAGACAACAUGGGCAGCCUCGAAGGAGAAAGAACAACUGUUGGAUGGGCUGCCAGAGACCCUUCUGGGAUUCUCUCUCCAUACACCUUCACUCUCAGAAACACAGGGCCCGAUGAUGUGUAUAUCAAGGUUCACUACUGCGGAAUCUGCCACUCGGAUCUGCAUCAGAUUAAGAAUGAUCUCGGCAUGUCCAAUUAUCCCAUGGUUCCCGGGCAUGAAGUUGUGGGAGAAGUGAUCGAGGUGGGUCCGAAUGUGAGCAAGUUUAAGGUCGGAGAAUUGGUCGGAGCAGGACUCAUCGUUGGGAGCUGCAGAAAUUGCAGGGCAUGCAAAUCUGAUAUCGAGCAAUAUUGCGGCAAGAAGAUCUGGAAUUACAAUGAUGUCUACACCGAUGGAAAACCCACCCAAGGUGGCUUUGCCGAAACCAUGGUCGUGGAUCAAAACUUCGUUGUGAAGAUACCAGAGGGGAUGUUGCCGGAGCAAGUGGCUCCACUGUUGUGCGCCGGCGUGACAGUGUACAGUCCACUGUCGCACUUUGGACUGAAACUGAGUGGGCUGAGAGGAGGAAUAUUGGGGCUCGGAGGAGUGGGACACAUGGGUGUGAAGAUAGCGAAGGCCAUGGGACACCACGUGACAGUGAUAAGCUCUUCGGAGAAGAAGAAGCAGGAGGCUCUGGAGCACCUUGGAGCGGACGAUUAUGUGGUUAGCUCAGACGAAACUCAGAUGCAGAAGAUUGCUGAUUCACUUGAUUAUAUCAUCGAUACCGUGCCAGUGGGUCACCCUCUUGAGCCUUAUCUUUCUCUGCUCAAAGUCGAUGGCAAGUUGAUCUUAAUGGGUGUCAUCAGCACUCCCCUGCAAUUCGUCAGCCCCAUGGUCAUGCUUGGGAGGAAGAUGAUAACGGGAAGCUUCAUAGGGAGCAUAAAGGAGACGGAAGAGAUGUUGGGGUUCUGGAAAGAGAAGGGUCUGAGUUCAAUGAUAGAGAUGGUGAAGAUGGAUUACAUCAACGAGGCGUUCGAGAGAUUGGAGAGGAACGAUGUCAGAUAUAGGUUCGUUGUUGACGUUGCUGGCAGCAAACUUGAUCCAUGAAACACGUGCCAUCCUAUAAUUCUUAAAUAACCUUCUGCAAAACUUAUGAUUAUGAUGCACGAUGUUUGUUCUUCCUGUCAAAUAUUAAAUGCGAUCUGUUUUCAAAGGAUCUCAAAUUUUCUGCCGGGAACUGUGGGUCGGUGUUUAUCUGUAAUACUUAAAUGGUACAGGUAUUAGGUCACUAACUCUUUGACGUUUGUUAAUCUACCUGCUAAAUGAUUGGAGACCCGAA